GUUUUAGUCUGAAAAAAUGUCGGGCGAGUGACGUUGCGCAACUUCCAGUUGGGUGCAACAUCAGCCAAUAGGAAAGAGCCUCAUUCGCUUAGCGAAUGACGCAACUUCCGGCAGCUUCGGGAAGGAGAAACAAGAUGGAUACUCCCAUACUGGAACCGUCGCUGUACACCGUCAAAGCAAUUCUCAUUCUGGACAACGACGGGGACAGACUUUAUGCCAAGUAUUAUGAUGACACCUACCCCACAGUGAAGGAACAGAAAGCCUUCGAGAAGAACAUAUUCAACAAAACACACAGGACAGACAGUGAGAUCGCCUUACUGGAAGGGCUGACAGUCGUCUACAAGAGCAACAUCGACCUCUUCUUUUAUGUCAUUGGAAGUUCACAUGAAAAUGAGCUUAUGCUCAUGGCUGUUCUCAACUGCCUUUUCGACUCUCUCAGUCAGAUGUUGAGAAAGAAUGUUGAGCGCAGGGCUUUGUUGGACAACAUGGAGGGGCUCUUCCUCGCCGUGGAUGAAAUCGUAGAUGGGGGGGUGAUUCUCGAGAGUGACCCUCAGCAAGUUGUUCACCGAGUGGCCCUCCGAGGGGAUGACGUUCCUUUGACCGAGCAGACCGUCACACAGGUUCUUCAGUCCGCUAAAGAACAGAUCAAGUGGUCGCUCCUGCGGUAGUCGCGGCCGAGGAGCCGAGACGGCGCCGACCCGCGAGUUCCUUUUUCCUCGUCUCGUCUUUCUUCUUGGAAAGGUUGACAUAGAUUAACGGGGAUCCAUUAAGGCGAAGGUGAACAUUGGCCUUUUGUCUUUUUGCAUGAUGAAAACCAGCAUCUUUCUUUCUCUCAAGCCAGCUGGUGACAACAUUCCACACAUCCCAUUUUCUGAUUAUGCGUACCGUACUGUAACGUCAUCACAGGGUUAUUUUUCAUUUUGCCUUUUGCCAUCAGACAAUUUCAAUAAAUGUUUAUUGAUGCAAUCUGA